CCGGUAACCGAGCACUCCAGCACGUUGUGAAGCCGCUAGUGUUUCUGGCUGCCGCUGAGGUGAUUCACGGAAAUCACUCGUUUCUGAAUCCACGACUUUUUGUUUUUUGAUAAUUGACCCACUGAGAUUUCCAGUUGACCAAAGAAAUGGUGAUGGAGAAGCCAAGUGCCCAGCUGGUCGGGCGAGAGUUUGUCCGACAGUAUUACACACUCCUGAACCAGGCCCCCGACUACCUGCACAGGUUCUACGGAAAAAACUCGUCCUACGUGCACGGCGGCCUGGACAACAACGGCAAACCGGUGGAGGCUGUUUAUGGACAGUCUGAGAUCCAUAAGAGGGUGAUGGCUCUGAGUUUCCGCGACUGUCACACCAAGAUCAGGCACGUGGACGCCCACGCCACCCUGAACGAGGGCGUGGUGGUGCAGGUGAUGGGCGAGCUGUCCAACAACAUGCAGCCCAUGAGGAAGUUCAUGCAGACCUUCGUUUUGGCGCCCGAGGGCACCGUCGCAAACAAAUUCUACGUCCACAACGACGUGUUUCGUUACCAGGACGAGGUGUUCGGCGACUCUGAUUCGGAGCCUCCGGAAGAGUCGGAGGACGAGGUGGAGGAGAUCGAGGAGCGGGUCCCCUCGCCUGACGUGGCCCCCGAGGAGUCUGCUCCUUUCUACGACCCGUCGGCCUGUUCGGAGCCGGUGGUCCCCGGGGACGAGGAGGAAGCUGCGCCCGUGAGUCCGGAGCCGGAGCCGGAGAAGGAGGCGGAGGCCGCCGCGGUGGAGCUGAAGCCGGAGACGAUGCUGGAGACGCAAACAGACGCAAACACAUCCGACGACCAGACAGAGAAAAGCCCCGUCUCCGCCCCGCCCACCGCAGAACCCGCCGCCGCGCCCGCCGAACCCUCCCCCGCCGCUCCAGAGGAGAACAGGCCGUUCUCCUGGGCGUCCGUCACCAGUAAGAACCUCCCUCCCAGCGGGGCCGUCCCCGUCUCAGGAAUCCCCCCACACGUCGUCAAAGCCGCUCCCACAGCACCGCCCAGAGCCGAGGUCAAGACAGAGUCCCAGACAGCAACACAGAGACCACAGAGAGACCAGAGACCCAGGGAACAGAGGCCCGGGGGUCCUCCGCCGGUACACAGAGGAACCAGACCAGUUCGGGAGGGCGAGCAGGGCGAGCAGGAGGGGCGCAGGGUGGCCCGGUACCCCGACGCCCAGCAGCUGUUCGUGGGAAACGUCCCUCACGACGUGGACAAGACGGAGCUCAAGGAGUUCUUCGAACAGUACGGCACGGUCCUGGAGCUGAGGAUCAACAGCGGAGGGAAGCUGCCCAACUUUGGUUUUGUGGUUUUUGACGACUCUGAGCCCGUGCAGAAGAUCCUCAGCAACAGGCCCAUUAAGUUCAGAGGCGACGUGCGGCUGAACGUGGAGGAGAAGAAGACCCGGUCUGCCAGAGAGGGCGACAGGCGGGACGUGAGGCCCCGCGGCCCGGGAGGCCCCGGCGGUCCCAGAGAGCGAAUAGGAGGCGGCGGCGGCGGACCCCGAGGACCCCCGGCCCGCGGAGGCAUGGCACAGAAACCCAGCUUCGGCUCCGGGCGGGGAGCGGGGCCCAGCGAGGGCCGCUACUCGGCCCAGCGCCAGUGACCCUCUGGCGCGCUCCGAACCUGAGUCAGAUUACGAUCCGGAUUCUCCCGAGCCGGUUUCCUGCGGCGGGAAACAAAUUGGACGAGCCUAAAAUAAACAAAAAAACCUUCUUUACGCUGCAGCCGGGAGCAACAACGAGCAGGAAUUAAUCACGUCAGUCAAAUUCUGGGUCGCUGCACAAACACGCGGCCCGAUGUCUGACGUUUCCUCCUCGCCGUUUCUCCUGAAAAGUAUUUUGAGGGAUUUCGGAGAGUAACUGACGCAGGUUUGGUGAAGCUUUCACCGUCAGAUCACGCCGGCUCCUGCUGAGUUCAACAGCCCGUCUCAGCGUCUGUCUCUCCUGAGGACGGCUGCCUCCUCCUCCUCCUCCUCCUCCUCCUGCCCCUCCUUCUCCUGCUGCUCCUCCUGCUCCUCCUCCUGCUCCUCCUCCUGUUCCUGCUCCUCCUCCUCCUCCCUCACCUGCUGCUUUUUGUUUCCCUCUGAGGAAUCCAGAAUGUCACUCCUCUUUUUUUCGUUUUUUUUGACCCAUCUCUUCCUCCUCUGUCUCCUCCUCCACCAUCACAUGUAUUAUCUGGACUUUUUUUUGUCAUUUUUUUGUUUUGUUUUUCAUGCUGAACUUGAAUUUAUUAAGAAACAAAAUCGAAACACGCAAACACAUGAAAAAAAGGGUAAAUACUACUUGAAUUGGGGAUUAAAAAACCCAGAGUUUAGGUUUUUUUCGCGUUCUCUCUCCCUGUUUCUUAAAGGAACGUGUACUUUUACUGCUUGGGCAAUCCUGUGUAUUGCUGCCACCGUUGUAUCUAGCGAUGGAUCUGUCUUAUCUUUUUAUUCUAUCAGGUCAAGAGCUGAACUGUAGUGGUUAUAUUUGAGUAAUAAUGUUGGCUUGUAAUAUGUGGAUUCACGGACGCGUCUGAAUGGAGCAUGUAUCAAAUCAUGUUAUCAAAUCCUGUUAGCUUCUUCUACCGAUGCACUUCAUUUGUCAUCAUGUUUAAAAUGAGCUCACCUGCCGAUGAGAGAACUAAAUUAAAAGUGAUUUACUGUUUUAAAA